CAUCGAGAGGAGAGAGAGAGAUAGAGAGUGUGAGACAGAGAGGCACAGACAUGAAGAAAACUCUAAAUUCUACUGCUCUACAGUCAUGGUUUAAUCUAUACCUUUCUUACCUCAAGUCUCCUCUCUCUAAUCCACUUUGCUUUUCUUUCUACUUUUGCCGACACAUUCUCUCUCUCUGUCGCCGUUUCGAAUCACUUUUUCUUCUUGUGAUUCAUUAAUGGAGGAGACAACCACAGAUGAUCCGGAUUUUCACAGCUUCUUAUCUUCAUUUGUGCUUCCAUGGCGCCCUGGUUUGCAUGUUGAAGAGUUUCAAGUAUAGUAUAUAUAAUGGGGCUGCGCACAGUUGAUUUUGCUGCUGCCUUUGCGAUAAUCACUAUUUUUCUCACACUACCUCUGGUUCUUGCGAUCACUGACGCGUCUGAUGUUCAAGCUCUUCAGGUUUUGUACAAUUCAUUGAACAGUUCUUCUAAGCUAACCGGGUGGAAGUCCAGUGGCGGCGAUCCAUGCGGAGAAUCAUGGAAAGGAUUAACUUGCGUGGGUUCUGCUGUUGUUGCUGUGUACGAAUUGUUGUUCCUGGGUUGGGACUCAACGGGACCUUGGGAUACUUGCUCUCGGAGUUUUUGUCGCUGAGAACACUGGAUUUGAGCGACAACAAUAUCCAUGAUUCGGUUCCGUAUCAAUUACCGCCAAAUCUCACAAGCUUAAAUCUUGCCAGCAACAACUUAAGCGGGAAUUUUCCUUAUUCCAUUUUAGACAUGGUUUCCCUCAAUUACUUGAACCUAAGCCACAACUUGUUCUCCGCGUCAAUCGAAGAUAUUUUUGCAAAGCUUCAGGGGCUCUCGGUCUUGGAUCUGUCAUUCAACAACUUCAGUGGAGAUCUUCCCAAUUCCUUAAGUUCAUUGUCUAACCUUUCUACUCUCUAUAUGCAGAACAAUCAGUUAAGAGGUUCAGUUAAUGUUCUUGCAAAUCUGUCUUUGACAAAUCUAAAUAUUGCAGACAACAAAUUCAAUGGCUCAAUUCCUCGGGAGUUAAAUUCAAUUCCCAAUUUUAUAUAUGCUGGAAAUUCUUUCGAUAAUGCUGCUGCUGCUGUUCCUCCGCUACCAUAUUCCGCACCUCCUCCUGUUAGGUCACAUGCUAAUCGAAACCAUUCUGGGCCAGGUACACAGAGAACCUGGGGCUCUGAUGGUCAAUCGUCGCAGUCAGGGAGUGGGAGUAAGCACAAUGGUUUAGCAUUUGGACCUGUUGUGGGCAUAAUUAUUGGUUCAGUAUUGGCAGUUCUGUGUCUGCUGCUUUCUAUUGUUUUUUGCCAUCGAAAAGGUAAAGCUGGGAAGAAAAGUAGUGCACGGGCUUCUAAUGGAACUCCUUCAGCUGGGGCUGAUAAAGUAAUCAAUUCAGAGUUGCAAUCACAGAGGGUCAGAAGUAUGGCUGUUGUUACAGAUCUGAAACCCCCACCUGCAGAAAUGUGGAUGGGUGAGAGAAUACCUGGGAAUAAUGAAUCUGGAAACAGAGGGAAGGCUCCUAUUACUGCUACUUCAUAUACCAUAGCUUCUCUUCAAACAGCAACAAAUAGCUUCAGUCAGGAAUGCCUUAUUGGUGAAGGUUCACUUGGGCGUGUUUACAGAGGAGUGUUUCCUAAUGGAAAGGUUCUAGCCAUUAAGAAGAUCGACAGUGCAGCUUUGUCGUUACAGGAGGAAGAUAAUUUUCUUGAAGCUGUUUCAAACAUGUCACGCCUAAGGCAUCAAAAUAUCACAACUUUUACAGGGUAUAGUGCAGAGCAUGGUCAGCGCCUCCUGGUUUAUGAAUAUGUUGGAAAUGGGACACUGCAUGAUAUGUUGCACUUCCCUGAGGAUAGCAGCAAGACACUUUCAUGGAAUGCUCGUGUUAGGGUUACACUUGGUACUGCUAGGGCUCUGGAGUACUUGCAUGAAGUUUGCUUACCUUCUGUAGUGCAUAGAAAUCUCAAGUCAGCAAAUAUUUUACUUGAUGACGAGCUUAAUCCCCAAUUGUCUGACUGUGGACUAGCAGCAUUAACACCGAACACUGAGCGGCAGGUUUCAACUCAGACGAUUGGUUCCUUUGGGUAUAGUGCCCCAGAAUUUGCAAUGUCUGGAAUUUACACAGUCAAAAGUGAUGUGUACAGCUUUGGAGUAGUGAUGUUAGAGAUUUUGACAGGUCGAAAGCCACUGGACAGUUCGAGGGUUAGAUCAGAACAGUCUCUUGUCAGAUGGGCUACUCCUCAACUUCAUGACAUUGAUUCGUUGGCAAAAAUGGUUGACCCAGCACUAAAUGGCAUGUACCCUGCAAAAUCACUUUCACGUUUUGCUGACAUCAUUGCCUUGUGUGUUCAGCCGGAGCCGGAGUUUCGACCUCCAAUGUCUGAAGUUGUACAAGCACUGGUUCGGUUAAUGCAACGGGCAAGUGUAGUUAAAAGACUGUCUAGUGAUGAAUCAGGGUUUAUCCACCGAAUGCCGGAUUAUGAGGCUGUUGAGAUGUCAUUUUAGGCAUCACAGAAUGAAGUUCUACUCCAUCUUUAAUCAUGUAUAUGAGCAUUCAGAAAUGUGCAAUAAUGCAAAAGGUGGAAGGUGCAAUUGAACAGUGACAGAACAUAGUCAAGACAUGAAGGAGAGUGUAUUAUCAGAUGCAAAAUAUGGUGUAUAAUUUAAGAAUAAAUCCUACUAAGUUGUAUUUAACCCCUCUCUCUCUCUCUCUCUCUCUCUCUCUCUCUCUCUUAUGUACUCUAGAUAUUGUGCAAAAAAAUAAAGGUAAAUAUUUGUUUGAUUGAUUCAAGCAUUCA